CGCCCAGCCGCUCCAGCACCACACCAAGGCCCUGGAGCUCCCUGCUUCAGCUAUGGCCCCCUGGCGCAAAACCGACAAGGAGCGGCACGGUGUGGCUAUCUACAACUUCCAAGGUAAUGGAGCCUCCCAGCUCACUCUGCAGAUUGGCGAUGUGGUGCAAAUACAGGAGACCUGUGGAGACUGGUAUAGAGGGCACCUCAUGAAGCAUAAAAUGUUACAGGGCAUCUUCCCUACAUCCUUUAUCCAUAUCAAGGAAGUGACAGUGGAGAAAAGAAGAAACACAGAGAACAUCAUCCCUGCAGAACUUCCUCUGGCCCAAGAAGUGACGACAACCCUGUGGGAAUGGGGAAGCAUCUGGAAACAGCUCUAUGUGGCCAGCAGAAAGGAGCGCUUCCUCCAAGUGCAGUCCAUGAUGUACGACCUGAUGGAGUGGCGGUCCCAGCUCCUGUCAGGAACCCUGCCCAAGGAUGAGCUGAAGGAACUGAAGCAGAAAGUCACGUCCAAGAUCGACUACGGCAACAAAAUCCUUGAGCUUGAUCUGAUUGUCAGAGAUGAAGAUGGGAACAUCCUGGACCCAGAUAACACCAACGUCAUCAGCUUGUUCCAUGCACACGAGGAAGCGACAGAAAAAAUCACAGAGCGCAUCAAGGAAGAAAUGUCAAAAGACCAGCCAGAUUAUGGGAUAUAUUCUCGGAUCUCCUCAUCCCCCACCCACAGCCUCUAUGUCUUUGUGAGGAACUUUGUGUGUAGAAUAGGGGAAGAUGCAGAGCUCUUCAUGUCUCUCUAUGACCCCAACAAGCAAAUGGUUAUCAGUGAGAACUACCUGGUGCGGUGGGGCAGCAGGGGCUUCCCCAAGGAGGUCGAGAUGCUGAACAACCUGAAGGUGGUCUUCACGGACCUUGGAAACAAAGACCUCAACAGAGAUAAGAUUUACCUGAUUUGCCAAAUAGUCCGCAUUGGGAAGAUGGACGUUAAGGAUACCAAUACAAAGAGGUGCACCCAGGGAUUGAGGCGGCCCUUUGGGGUGGCAGUUAUGGACAUAACAGACAUUAUUAAGGGGAAAGCAGAGAGCGAUGAAGAAAAGCAGCAUUUCAUUCCUUUCCACCCGGUCUCUGCUGAGAAUGACUUCCUGCAUAGCCUGCUGGGCAAAGUCACAGCCUCCAAGGGAGAUAGUGGAGGGCAAGGCCUUUGGGUGACCAUGAAGAUGCUUGUCGGUGACAGCGUUCAGAUCCGCAAAGACUACCCACACGUAGUGGACAGGACCACCGUGGUGGCCCGGAAGCUGGGAUUCCCAGAGAUCAUCAUGCCAGGGGAUGUCAGGAACGACAUCUACAUUACUCUCUUACAAGGUGACUUUGACAAGCACAACAAGACCACACAGAGGAAUGUGGAAGUGAUCAUGUGUGUGUGUGCUGAGGAUGGCAAAACACUGCCUAAUGCAAUUUGUAUGGGAGCCGGGGACAAGCCCAUGAAUGAAUACCGUUCCGUGGUGUACUAUCAAGUCAAACAGCCACGUUGGAUGGAAACAGUCAAGGUGGCUGUCCCCAUUGAAGACAUGCAAAGGAUUCAUCUGCGAUUCAUGUUCCGACACCGGUCCUCAUUGGAAUCUAAAGAUAAAGGGGAAAAGAACUUCGCCAUGUCCUAUGUGAAGCUGAUGAAAGAAGACGGGACCACUCUGCAUGAUGGGUGUCAUGACUUGGUUGUCCUCAAGGGGGACAGCAAGAAGAUGGAGGAUGCCAGCGCUUACCUCACACUUCCUUCAUACAGACACCAUGCAGAAAGCAAGGGGGCAACUUUGAACCGGAGCUCCAGCAGUGUUGGGGGGCUUUCUGUCAGCUCCCGCGACAUGUUCUCCAUUUCCACCCUGGUGUGUUCCACCAAGCUCACUCAGAACGUGGGUUUGCUGGGUUUGCUGAAGUGGCGUAUGAAGCCUCAACUGCUACAAGAGAAUUUAGAAAAGCUGAAGAUUGUGGAUGGAGAGGAAGUAGUGAAGUUUCUCCAGGACACUCUGGAUGCUCUCUUCAACAUAAUGAUGGAACAUUCUCAAAGUGACAAGUAUGACAUCCUCGUCUUUGAUGCUUUGAUCUACAUCAUAGGACUCAUCGCAGACCGAAAAUUCCAGCAUUUCAACACAGUUCUGGAAGCUUACAUUCAACAGCAUUUUAGUGCCACCUUGGCAUACAAGAAAUUGAUGAUGGUGCUGAAGACUUACUUGGAUACCUCCAGCAGGGGGGAGCAAUGUGAGCCGAUCCUGAGAACCCUGAAAGCUUUGGAAUAUGUGUUCAAGUUCAUUGUUCGGUCAAGGACCUUAUUUUCACAGCUUUAUGAAGGGAAAGAACAGAUGGACUUUGAAGAAUCCAUGCGACGGCUCUUUGAAUCCAUCAACAACCUGAUGAAAAGUCAACAUAAAACCACCAUCCUUUUGCAGGUGGCAGCUUUGAAAUACAUCCCAUCUGUCCUUCACGAUGUGGAAACAGUCUUUGAUGCGAAGUUGCUCAGCCAACUCCUGUAUGAGUUCUACACCUGCAUCCCGCCCGUGAAGCUGCAGAAACAGAAGGUGCAGUCCAUGAACGAGAUUGUGCAGAGCAACCUCUUCAGGAAACAAGAAUGCCGGGACAUCCUGCUGCCUGUCAUCACCAAAGAGCUGAAGGAGCUGCUAGAGCAGGAAGACUCACAGCACCAGGUCCUGGAGAAGAAGUACUGCGUGGAGCUCCUGAACAGCAUCCUGGAGGUCCUCAGCUAUCAGGAUGUGGCCUUCACCUAUGACCACAUCCAAGAGAUCAUGGUCCAGCUGCUUCGCACAGUGAACCGGACAGUCAUCACAAUGGGCCGGGAUCAUGUUCUGAUCAGUCACUUUGUGGCAUGCAUGACAGCCAUCUUAGACCAGAUGGGUGACCAACACUAUUCCUUCUAUAUUGAGACCUUCCGGACCAGCUCAGACCUUGUGGACUUCCUGAUGGAGACUUUCAUCAUGUUCAAGGACCUCAUAGGAAAGAGUGUGUACCCUGGGGACUGGAUGGCCAUGAGCAUGGUGCAGAACAGGGUCUUCUUGAGAGCUAUCAACAAGUUCGCAGAAAUCAUGAAUCAGAAGUUUCUGGAACACUCGAGCUUUGAGUUCCAGCUGUGGAACAACUAUUUUCAUCUGGCUGUGGCUUUUAUCACCCAAGAUUCUCUGCAGCUGGAGCAGUUCUCACAGGCCAAGCACAACAAGAUCCUGAAUAAAUACGGGGACAUGAGACGGCUCAUUGGCUUCUCCAUACGUGAUAUGUGGUACAAGCUUGGCCAGAACAAAAUCUGUUUCAUCCCAGGCAUGGUGGGACCUAUAUUAGAGAUGACACUUAUACCUGAGGCUGAGCUCCGGAAAGCCACCAUACCAAUCUUCUUCGACAUGAUGCUGUGUGAAUAUCAAAGGAGUGGGGAUUUCAAAAAGUUUGAAAAUGAGAUCAUCCUCAAGUUGGACCAUGAAGUGGAAGGGGGCCGAGGAGAUGAGCAGUACAUGCAGCUGCUGGAGUCCAUAUUGAUGGAAUGCACUGUGGAGCAUUCGGCCAUUGCCAAGUCAGUGGAGAACUUCGUGAGCCUGGUCAAAGGGCUGCUGGAGAAGCUGCUGGAUUACCGAGGCGUGAUGACUGAUGAGAGCAAAGACAACCGCAUGAGCUGCACGGUGAACCUGCUGAAUUUCUACAAAGAUAACAACCGAGAAGAGAUGUAUAUAAGGUACCUGUACAAACUCCGCGAUCUUCACCUGGAUUGUGACAACUACACAGAGGCCGCCUACACUCUCCUUCUUCAUACCUGGCUUCUCAAGUGGUCAGAUGAGCAGUGUACAUCACAGGUCAUGCAGACAGGCCAGCAGCACCACCAGACUCACCGGCAGCUGAAGGAGACCCUCUACGAGACCAUCAUAGGCUACUUUGACAAAGGAAAGAUGUGGGAAGAGGCCAUCAGUCUGUGCAAGGAGCUGGCCGAACAGUAUGAGAUGGAGAUCUUUGACUACGAGCUGCUCAGCCAGAACCUGAUGCAACAAGCAAAAUUCUAUGAAAACAUCAUGAAAAUCCUCAGGCCCAAACCAGACUACUUUGCUGUUGGAUACUAUGGCCAGGGGUUCCCCUCCUUUCUGCGGAACAAAGUGUUCAUCUACCGAGGGAAGGAGUACGAGCGGAGGGAAGAUUUCCAGAUGCAGCUGAUGAGCCAGUUCCCCAACGCAGAGAAGAUGAACACGACGUCUGCCCCCGGAGAUGAUGUGAAGAAUGCCCCAGGCCAGUACAUCCAGUGUUUUACUGUCCAGCCUGUCUUGGAUGAACAUCCCAGGUUCAAGAACAAGCCAGUGCCUGACCAGAUCAUAAACUUUUAUAAGUCCAACUAUGUGCAAAGGUUUCACUAUUCACGGCCCGUGAGGAGAGGCACUGUAGACCCUGAGAACGAGUUCGCUUCCAUGUGGAUUGAGAGGACAUCCUUUGUGACUGCGUACAAGCUGCCUGGCAUCCUGCGCUGGUUCGAGGUGGUUCACAUGUCCCAGACCACAAUUAGUCCCCUGGAGAAUGCCAUCGAAACCAUGUCCACGGCCAACGAGAAGAUCCUGAUGAUGAUAAAUCAGUACCAGAGCGACGAGAGCCUGCCCAUCAACCCGCUCUCCAUGCUCCUCAAUGGCAUCGUGGACCCAGCGGUCAUGGGAGGGUUCGCCAAGUACGAGAAGGCCUUCUUCACCGAAGAGUACAGCAGGGAACACCCUGAGGACCAGGACAAGCUGAGCCACCUCAAGGACCUGAUUGCGUGGCAGAUCCCCUUUCUGGGAGCUGGGAUUAAGAUCCAUGAGAAAAGGGUAUCAGACAACCUGAGGCCCUUCCAUGACCGAAUGGAGGAAUGUUUCAAGAACCUGAAAAUGAAGGUGGAGAAGGAAUACGGUGUCCGAGAAAUGCCCGACUUCGAUGACAGGAGAGUGGGCCGCCCCAGGUCCAUGCUGCGCUCCUACAGACAGAUGUCCAUCAUCUCUCUGGCAUCCAUGAAUUCUGACUGCAGCACCCCAAGCAAGGCUGCUUCUGAGAGCUUCGACCUAGAUUCAAUGGCAUCCAAGACCCCCAAGGUGGAGGAGGAGCCCAUCUCCCCGGGGAGCACUCUGCCCGAGGUCAAGCUGCGGAGGUCCAAGAAGAGGACAAAGAGGAGUAGCGUGGUGUUCGCUGACGAGAAGGCGGCGGCCGAGUCGGACCUGAAGCGGCUCUCCAGGAAGCACGAGUUCAUGAGUGACACCAACCUCUCCGAGCACGCAGCUGUCCCUCCCAGGAUAUCUGUCCUCUCUCAGAUGAGUUUUGCCAGCCAGUCCAUGCCCACUAUCCCAGCCCUCACAGUCUCCGUGGCUGGCGUGCCUGGGUUAGACGAGUCCAACACGUCUCCCCGCCUCAGUCAGACCUUCCUCCACCCCUCAGACAGUGACAAGAAGACACUGAAGAAAAAGAAGGUCAAUCAGUUCUUCAAGACAAUGCUGGCCAGCAAGUCUUCAGAAGAAAGCAAGCAGCUCCCUGCAGACUUCCUGUCUACCAACCUAUGAGAGCUGUUGCCCAGCUCCCAGCAGACUUCCUGACCACUGACCUGUGAGGGAUGCUGCACAGGGCAGGAUAGGAAAAGACGUUUCCAGAAAAGAAGCACGGGCAACAUCAAUGCUUUACAGACCACAGACCAAAUGAGGAGACUGCCUGCAUAAGGUAUCUUCACUUAAAAGAGACAGAGAGGGGACAACUGAGCUUCAGAACUGGGUGACAAGCCCAGGAACUCCCUGGCCACCACCAAGGGGUGGGUGACCUGCUGAGUAAGGAACCCCUAACUGAGUUCCUUUUUGGAGCCAGUAAGUUCCUUGUGCUCUUCCAGCCUCCCAGACACUCCUUCAGGAGCUGUGUUUUUAUUUCAUUUACUUACUAGAACUGAAAAGUCUUUUUGCAUUCUUUUUUCAUUUUCAAUUAAUAGUUCUGUACUUUACAUUUUUAUUACAACAGCCCUUCCCUUUCUAGCUGAUCAUCUCCAAAGUGUUGCUCUUUCUUACCGACAAUAAAAAACUAUUCCAUGGCUUCAGUAA